CUACCCCAUCCAUCAAAUCACUACUUGCUUUACUUGCAAACGUCUCUCGUUACCUAUAGAACGCACACUUCAAUCGUUUAAACUUUAAUACCCAACAAAUCAACAACAAAAUCCUAGCCAAUAUGCGCGCCUCAUCCGUCUUCGUCUCUGUUGCUGCUUUCGCCGUCGCGUCGGCUCAGUCUUCCUCGAUCGACCCGUACCCGCAGACCAAGCUGCUCGCGCAGACCAACUCCCUUGGUGUCGUGACUGGCCAGUUCCCCGUCGCUACCGCUCAGCCCACCCAGCCCACUCAGCCCGCAGCCGUGACCACACAGCCUGCCUUGGUCUCCAUCCCAGCUGUCGGCACUGGCAUCCACACCGUCAUUAUCGGCGGACCUGCGUCCAACGUCAACGGCACGCAGACCUUCACUGUCAGCGCAAACAACAGCACCACCGUCGUCCUCCAGCCUUCUACGGCCUCUGACGCAAAGGCCACUGGCAGCGGCGCGUCCGGCAGCGGAGCAACCAAGAGCGGUUCCUCAGCGACUGGCUCUGGUACCGGUACCGCCCAACAGUCCACCGGCGCUGGUGUUUCCAACGUCAAGGCCGCGGCCGGCAGCUUCGUUGGCUUCGGCGCGUUCCUCGCUGCAUUCUUGUAAGCGUUGCAUCGUAGCGCACUCGGGGAGAAAACAGAGUACUGGCACAAAUGGCGACCGUGCGAUCGCGUCGACCGUAGGGUCGGGCCCUUUUGUGCCCUAGUAAAAAAACGAUUCGCGAUAAUGCUUGUUAAAUUUCGUGCGUGGAUGACACCUUUCUGUCCUUGAAGAUACCUUGGGUCUGCAUUGCAUCGCAUCAGGGGCGUUCUGGCACUGGCAUGUGUCGGACUUCGAUUGCAUUCGCAGUAAUUUUUGUAAUAGCGCGUUGGAGCUGAGGGGGGUUUGUUGGAUGUUCUCCAAUAUGUGUCGCAUUGAAUGGAAUCAUUUGAAUAUGC